AUGGUGGGGGUCUUCUCUUCUGCCGUGGUCGCUGCUGCCUCUAGCAGCCAAUAUGACGGCGGUCUCAGCCGACAGAGAGCCGGAGAGGCGGACGAUGUUCAACCGUCUUUCAUUGAGAGCAACCAAGAGCCAGAAUGGAGUUUCAGUUCGCCACAGAGCGGUGCUGAGUUGAGCAAGUGUAUUGAGUCUAAACAUGAUGAUUUGUGCAAAGAGGAGACAGUCUCAAAGGAAGCUGAAGAUUUGACCGAGUUGUCUUGUAUGGCGAAAGCUUACAGCACCGUACUGAGCGAGCUGAGUGAGGACACUGAGCGGGAGGGGCUUUUACGCACACCAUUACGCGCAGCCAAGGCCAUGCAGUUCUUCACAAAGGGCUACCAGGAGACGACCCAAGCUAUCCUGAGCGAUGCCAUCUUUAAUGAAAGCCAUGAUGAGGUGGUGGUUGUCAAGGACAUCGAUUUUUUCUCUCUUUGUGAACAUCAUCUGGUGCCCUUCUUUGGGAAGGCUCACAUAGCGUACAUCCCAAACAAGAAGGUGGUUGGUCUGAGUAAGCUCGCAAGAAUUGUUGAGAUUUUCAGCAGGAGGCUUCAAGUUCAGGAGCGUCUAACCAAACAGAUAGCAACAGCCAUAAAUGAGGCGCUGGAGCCUGCUGGAGUGGCAGUGGUGAUUGAAGCUGUGUGA